AUGGAUAAUGUGUCUAAUGUAAGAAGUUUCAUUCUAUCAGGAUUUAAUGAAACAGUGAGUUUCAAAAUACCCCUCUUCUUAUCUACUUUAGUGUGUUACUGUGUGAUUUUGUUUUUCAAUAUUUCUCUUAUGCUGAUCAUUGUCUUGGAUGAAAAUCUGCAUGAACCUAUGUACAUUUUACUGAGCAGCUUCUGCAUUAAUGCACUUUAUGGGUCCACAGGUUUCUACCCAAAAUUCCUUUCAGAUUUACUGACAUCUUCUCAGAUAAUCUCCCAUGAAGGGUGCCUUUUACAAGCUUUUAUCAUGUACUCAUUUGUCUGUUGUAAUUCAUCCAUUUUAGCUGUUAUGGCCUUUGACAGGUAUCUGGCUAUAUGUCGACCUCUGCACUACCACUCUUUCAUGACUAACAGGAGGCUCUCACAGCUGGUGUGUUUCUCCUGGCUAACACCUUUCUGCAUUUUUGCCAUCAAUGUUUUGCUUACAGCAAGACUCAAGUUAUGUGGUAAAAACAUUCAGAGAGUCUUAUGUCUAAAUUGGUUAAUUGUUAAACUUGCUUGUCCUGAAGUAAACACCCUUUCAAACAACAUCACAGCAUAUGCAACAGUUAUCAUUUAUGUGUCUCAUGGCUUUUUUAUCAUUUGGACUUACGUGCAUCUUAUUAAAACAUGCGCAAAGUCCAGAGAGGACAGGGUAAAGUUUAUGCAGACCUGUGUGCCCCACAUGACUUCUUUGAUCACAUUUCUGUCUGUAGUUGUUUUUCAGUUUGUGUACAUGCGAUCCGACUCCACAGAUUUACCUCAAAGCCUCCAAAACUUCAUCGCUACUGAAUUUGUGAUCAUCCCUCCAAUUAUGAUUCCUCUCAUUUAUGGAUUCACACUCACCAAAAUACGAAACAGGAUUUUGGGUUUAGUGCUCGAGCUCGUCCACGGCUCGGUGGGGGCCGGCCACUAUGGGAAUGCCAAAACUCUCCGCCGCCUCAGGGGACAGUUCUACUGGCCUGAGAACCGGCGCGUGUUGUUGGCCAGGGACUGCUACAGGAGGCUGAGGGAGCGGCGCCAGGCCCAGGUCAGUGCCGGAGUACGACAGAAAAGAGCCUGCGACACCAGGUGCCAAGGGGGAGCUUUCGUGCCUGGCGACAAGGUUUGGGUGUACUGCCCGGUUCGCAAGAGAGGGUGUCCCCAGGCUGUGCGGUCACUGGCAAGGGCGGCGGAGGUCGUGGGGGCGGCUAACAGAAGUGGUGUACGGAUCCGCAUGCCGGGUCCAGGACGCGUGGCGGUGUUGCACCAGGACAGGCUCUCACCGUACUGCCCGGCCGCUCCCGCAGCCGCCAGGGCAGGGGAUGCUGGUGGCACCCCAGGUUCUCAUCCAAGUGACUCUUCCCCUGCUGGUCCAGAUCUGCCUGCGCGCCGAAGGAAGACACAUGGACAUUUGCAGGACUUUGUGUUGGUUUAUGCUGGAAGGCACACUAUCCAGUGGGAUCACUGGACCCUCUUCAUGGAGCUCAUGGCUCAAUAA